GUUCAUUUAACUGUNCAUUUGGUAGAGGAAGCAAAGCUUGGAGGUCUAGUUCAUUAUCGAUAUAUGUAUCCUAUAGAGAGGUAAUUGCUAACUACUUUUAGUUCAAGGUAUGAUAUUAUAUGUAUCCAAUUUAUUUAAUGUAAUUAUUUAUCAUUAUAAUAGGGAAUUAGGUCAUUUAAAGACCUUUGUACGAAACAAGGCACAACCAGAAGGUUCUAUAGCUGAGGGAUACUUAGCUAAAGAGUCUCUUACAUUUUGUUCUAGAUACAUUGAAGAUAUAGAGACAAGGUUCAAUAGACAACGACGUGUUUGUGAUAACCCAGAUGAUAAUGAGUGUUUUGUUUCAUCUAUAUUCCCACUAGGUGGGAAGGUGGUAGGAGGUUCCUCAAUGUUUACUUUAACUCAUAUGCAAAAGCUACAAGCCCAUCGAUACGUGCUUUUAAAUUGUGCGAUAGUCACACCGUUUGUUGAUGAAUUUAGAGAUCUAAUAAAAAGAAGAUCAAGAGGAAGGCGACCUUCAACUACUGAGAUAGAAACUAGAGUGUUUAAAGAGUUUGUUGAUUGGUUUCAAAGGCGGAUUAUGAAUCCAGAAACAAUAAAUUCAAUGUCUACUGAUUUGAAGUUUCUAGCACGAGGUCCAUUGGAUAAUGCUAGAAGAUUUACUGCUUACAACAUCAAUGGGUUCAAAUUUCGAACAUUGACUCGUGAUGAGGGAUUGAGAACACAAAAUAGUGGUGUCUUUUUAACAUCUAAUACAGCUUCUGUUUCAAGUACUGUUGAUAGGAACUUAAGGCAAGCAGACUUAUCCUAUUAUGGAAAGUUGGAGGAUAUUAUUGAGCUUAAUUAUUAUGGUCGAUUCAAAGUUGUUCUUUUCAAGUGUAAGUGGGUAGAUACUACACGAGAUAGAGGAUAUAAAAAGGAUCAAUGGAAUUUUAAUUGUGUUAACUUUGAUAGACUUAUUCAUAUUGGAAACCGNGAAGAACAUGAACCUUAUAUUGAGGCAUCUCAAGCACAAAUGGUAUAUUAUGUUGAUGAUGUGGUUAAUGAAGGAUGGAGUGUUGCUGUGCAUNUAAAGCCAAGAGAUUUGUAUGAAAUGGGAGAAGAGGUACAAGAAGAGUUAUAUGAAAAAGAACCAUACCAAGAUCAAGAGUUGGANAAAUUUUAUAGUAAUGACAAUGAAUAUGUUCAAUUGGCUACAAACCAUUUAGACGAGGAUAUCAAUUAG